CUGUUGGGGCUCAGCCCCUUUUUACGGUGCCAAGGCGACCAGGAUGUGGCACCAUGGGAAAACCGAUUAAACUGCUGGCCAACUGCUUCCAAGUAGAUAUCCCAAAGAUUGACGUCUACCUCUAUGAGGUAGAUAUUAAACCAGAUAAAUGUCCUCGCAGGGUAAACAGGGAAGUAGUCGACUCUAUGGUCCAGCAUUUUAAAGUUCAGAUUUUUGGAGAAAGAAGACCUGUCUAUGAUGGGAAAAGGAGUCUUUACACUGCAGAUCCCAUUCCUGUCAGCACCACUGGAGUGGAUUUGGAGGUGACAUUACCAGGAGAAGGGAAGGACCGAAUUUUCAGAGUGUCAAUCAAAUUUGUUUCAAGAGUGAGCUGGCAUUUGCUGCAUGAAGUUCUAACAGGUCGUAGCAUGCCAGAGCUGCUGCCCGGGUUGGACCUGGACAAACCACUCAGCACAAAUCCUGUACAUGCUGUCGAUGUUGUCCUCCGACACCUCCCUUCCAUGAAGUACACCCCUGUUGGCCGCUCUUUCUUCUCUGCACCCGAAGGUUAUGACCAUCCUUUAGGUGGAGGUAGAGAAGUCUGGUUUGGUUUCCAUCAAUCUGUCAGACCAGCCAUGUGGAAAAUGAUGCUGAACAUAGAUGUUUCUGCCACUGCUUUUUAUAAAGCACAGCCUGUAAUUCAGUUCAUGUGUGAAGUUCUAGACAUUCAUAAUAUUGAUGAACAGCCACGACCUUUGACUGAUUCCCACAGAGUCAAAUUCACCAAAGAGAUAAAAGACAAACUUCUCACAGGAUUGAAGGUUGAAGUAACUCAUUGUGGACCUAUGCGGAGAAAGUACCGUGUGUGUAAUGUUACCAGAAGACCAGCUAGCCAUCAGACGUUCCCCUUGCAGUUGGAAAGCGGGCAGACUGUGGAGUGCACAGUAGCACAAUAUUUCAAACAGAAAUACAACCUUCAGCUAAAGUACCCACAUCUACCCUGUUUACAGGUGGGACAGGAACAAAAGCACACCUACCUGCCACUUGAGGUGUGCAACAUUGUUGCGGGGCAGCGCUGUAUCAAAAAACUGACAGACAAUCAAACAUCAACCAUGAUUAAAGCAACAGCACGGUCAGCACCUGACAGACAAGAGGAGAUUAGUAAACUUGUAAAAAGUGCAAACUACGAUGACGAUCCAUUUGUCCAGGAAUUUCAGUUUAAAGUGAGAGAUGAGAUGGCUCAUGUCACUGGGCGAGUACUUCCCGCUCCCAUGCUGCAGUAUGGGGGAAGGGUGGAACCAAGUCAUUUCAGAUUACAAACUAAUCGAACGGUUGCUACUCCAAGUCAUGGUGUUUGGGACAUGAGGGGGAAACAGUUCCACACCGGGGUUGAAAUCAAAAUGUGGGCGAUAGCAUGUUUUGCAGCACAGAGACAAUGUAGAGAAGAAGUACUUAAGAGUUUUACUGACCAGUUGCGGAAAAUAUCGAAAGAUGCAGGGAUGCCUAUCCAGGGCCAGCCAUGUUUCUGUAAAUAUGCACAAGGAGCUGACAGUGUGGAACCAAUGUUUCGGCAUCUGAAGAACACCUAUUCAGGACUCCAGCUCGUCAUUGUUAUUCUACCUGGGAAAACACCUGUCUAUGCUGAGGUAAAACGUGUGGGAGAUACUCUGCUGGGAAUGGCUACUCAGUGUGUUCAAGUGAAGAAUGUUGUUAAAACAUCUCCACAGACGUUAUCGAACCUCUGCCUGAAGAUUAAUGUGAAACUAGGCGGUAUUAACAACAUUCUGGUGCCACAUCAGCGACCAUCCGUAUUCCAGCAGCCUGUGAUUUUUUUGGGGGCUGAUGUCACACACCCACCAGCUGGAGAUGGCAAGAAACCCUCAAUUGCUGCUGUUGUGGGCAGUAUGGACGCCCAUCCUAGUCGUUAUUGUGCCACUGUGCGUGUUCAGAGACCUCGACAGGAGAUCAUUCAAGACCUAGCUUCAAUGGUUCGAGAACUUCUCAUCCAGUUUUACAAAUCAACCCGCUUCAAGCCCACUCGAAUUAUAUUCUACCGAGACGGUGUUUCUGAGGGGCAAUUCCGUCAGGUAUUGUAUUGUGAGCUAUUGGCAAUUCGAGAAGCCUGCAUCAGCCUGGAAAAGGACUAUCAGCCUGGCAUCACAUACAUUGUUGUGCAGAAACGUCAUCACACUCGAUUGUUCUGCGCUGAUAAGAAUGAGAGGGUUGGAAGAAGUGGAAAUAUUCCAGCAGGAACAACUGUAGACACAGAUAUCACCCACCCAUAUGAAUUUGAUUUUUAUCUCUGCAGCCAUGCUGGAAUACAGGGUACGAGUCGCCCCUCUCAUUACCAUGUUUUGUGGGAUGACAACUGCUUCUCUGCGGAUGAACUUCAGCUCCUCACCUACCAGCUAUGUCACACUUAUGUGCGCUGCACACGCUCAGUCUCUAUCCCAGCACCAGCCUAUUAUGCACAUCUAGUGGCAUUUAGAGCAAGGUACCACCUGGUGGACAAAGAGCAUGACAGCGCUGAAGGCAGUCACAUUUCUGGACAGAGUAACGGACGUGACCCGCAGGCUCUUGCCAAGGCUGUGCAGAUCCACCAGGACACCUUACGCACAAUGUACUUCGCUUGAGUUUGGGAAUUUCUCUCCAGAAAGAACCGAAGAUUUCAGCCUACAUUUCCAGUGGGGUCAGUUUACGGGCAAUGUCUCCAGCCAUACUGUAACUUUCACUGUGCGGAGACAAUAGUUUCAAUAAACUGGCGGAAAGGGAUUGUUUACCUACGAAGAUCAUAGCACUAUUAUGCAAUACGAAACCAGCCAACUGCUCUGUGUGUGUGUGUGUAUGUGUGUGUGCGUGUGCUCCGUCAGACCUCAUGUCUGUGUCUUUCCUUUUUCCUUUGUCAGUAUAGUUUCCUUUUUGCCUUUACCUCAGUGUUUGGCAGCACAAAACUCAUCUUUAUCAAGCAACACAAAAAUGGACAAAAAAAUGUUCCACAAACCUUGGAUCUCAAAAGUAGUCACUGAUUAGGUCAGAUAUCCAGCCAUUCACUUUAGUCCUCAACUUUGUGAGGGUGGGGAGGUUGCUGUAGGUGAAAAAGACAUGUUUGAAAAUAUACUCUACCAGUUCUUCUUGAGAUUCAAGAAGUCCCACCUCCACUGUGCCACUGUUCAAAUUCCAUUUACUGGUUGAGUUAUCAAAUAAGUCAACUGACUGUUGAGUAUAGCUAGUAGUUGUGGCUCAGCUUCAUAACCAGAGCAGUGGAAUUUUACAUAUAGAAGAUAAAAUCUAGGACUCGGAUGUGCUUGAGCAAUGAUGAUGAGAGAGAAACUUUUGAAAAUUCCAAGAUUUGGGGGCUCUGUUUAAUGUAGAAACUUUUGCUGUUUCUUUUAUUGUUUACUUGCUAGCUCACAACUAAAUGUGACUUUUUUGUUUUAGCGUCCUUAUAUUUAUUAGAAAAAAAAUGCUUAAUUUAAUAUGAAUUUACAUUAAAGUAUAGUAGCAUCAAUCUUAUUUAGUUCUGGAAUGUAACCGUGUUGUAUACUGACAGAACAUUGCUACCGUUAGUGCAAUAAGCGGUUGGUAAGAAAGCCCGUGUCCUAUGCUGUAACGGAGCAGCAGUUGUACCACUAUAACCGUGGGAGAUUGGACACCUCCGCACUUCAGAACCUUAUCAGUUUUAAUAAGAAAAAAAAAGUUGAAUGCAAAAAAAAGUAGGGCUGGGAUGUUUUAAUGUUAGUUUAUUGGGACUUUAUUUAAUUUACACAUCUAAUCACUGAAAUGUGAAUUUUUUUCAAAUAUUUUUCUGUUUUAUUUCAGUCAUUCCAUUUUAAGAUAAUAUACCAAGUUUUUUAUUUGGAAUUUUUUCAUAAAAGUUUGACUUGUUUCAUUGAUACAAAUCUCAUGAUGUUGUUUGCACUUUGUAAAACCUCAUGAACUGCAUAUUUUAUCCAAUGGUUGUCAUUGCACUGGCUCGAACCGCAAUAUACAAAAUGCUGCAGCCUUCUUGAUGGAUGGGCAUUGCUUGAGUCCCAGCCCUACAAAACAGCCUCUCCUCCACAUGAAAAAAAAAUGUACUUUUACAGAAUUCAAAAGUAACUAGAAUAUUGUGGAAACCAAGAAGAAACUGCAGAAUUUUCCUCCCCUUCCACAAAAAGCAGGCUUAUUGUCAUUUGAUUAUAAAGCAAACUCAAAUCUUUCUCAAUUUAUUACACACUUGCCUCGAACAUAAGGGCUGAUAUUCUAUGAACUCUGGCAUGCAAACUUGCAAUGGAUAUUCCAGCUUUAAAAAGGAAUGUAGUGCCUAUUUUGUCAUAACUGAUUCUUCAGGCACAAUUGCAGUAAUAAAAUAUGAAAAGUCUAUCAGGUUUAUCUCUCUUCCUUCAGCCCCUCAAAAGUGAUGAAAUAGAGUCAGAUUAAAUCAAAUUAAGUUAAUAAGAAAGUCUUAAGUUUUAUUAAUUGGGGAAGGUGAAUUACAAUGAAUAUUUUCUUUUUAAAUCCGACUUCCAUUCUCAACUUUACAGAAGUGAUCCAUAGAGCGCAGGACAUAGUAUAUAUAAAAAAAGCAAAGUUUUGAUUGGCUUCUUGCAGUGAAUUAGACAGUGGUUUGCUUGAGAAAUUUUAAGUAAAUCUACUUUUCAAAUACUGGGUUUUUUAAAAACAGUCAAUGGGGUUGAUUUCACCACCAGUCUCACUGAGAUAGGAUUAAUACAAUGUAAAAUCACAGGAAUCUGUUUUUUCUUGGUAUUUUCUUUCAUUUGCAGAUCUGUUAUUGUUCUUGAUGUACAUUAUAGCCUGAAAGAUCUUUUAAAAGCAUCAAAAUAUCUCCUUUGAUAUCAUUUUUUUUUAAAUCUAGAUACUGUUGGCUGUUUUUAUUAAGCUUCACAAAGCUGAUCAGGAAAUGUUGCUCAGAGAACUCUGUUUCGCAAAUAACUAACCAUCUCUUCCUGGAUUCCCCAGAUCAUGUCAAGGGCUAUAUGAUUUUAGUCAGGAGAGUACCUAUUUGAGGGGAAUCUUUACUCUGGAAGCAUCUUUUGCAGAGGCCACCUUUGUGGACAUAUUUUUUCUUUAGAAUCAAUUUUGUUGAUCAUAUUUGUAUUUUGAAAAAUAUUGUUUUUUAUGAGGUAACAUUUUGGCCCAAACCAGAAUUAUGGCUACGACUAUUAAAGUGAUUCUUGCAAAAUGUAUAGAUCCUGUCAGCAUGCUGCUACAGAUUUCGCAUCACUUUCAAAUCCUUCACUGAACAGCUGAAAAACCACAAAGGCAAUCAGAUAAUUCAAAGUCUGUAGAUGAAAUAGGAGUAGGAGUAGUGUCAUAUUCAUUGUAACUUCUCAGCUUAUAAAGUAUUGACCAUCUUUGAUUACAUCAUCCCUGAAAAGAUUGUUCAGGUGGACGAAUAAUCAGUGCCGGAAAAUCAAGAGAAAAUACCAAAAGAAACAACCCAAUGCAGGCUUGUUUGAGAACUAUAUAUUACCCUUUGCAGGGAUCGAGGGGCUGUUUGGAUUACUAACUAAAUCCAUCACAAACAAAGGGAAAAUAAAAUUUUAAAUGAUGACGAUAUUGGCAAAUUGUGUACAGUUGUCCCAAGAGAAUGAAUGUAUACUAUGUCCAACUUGACAUAGAUAAACAAUCACAAGAGCUUGUUCCACAAUGUGGAGAUUCAGUUAGAAAUAGACUUUUGGAUGAACACAUAAUCUACCAAAUUUUACCAAAGCACUCCAAACUAACUGGCAUCUCGCUGUUUAAAUCUAUCUGGCGUAAGUAAUUACUACAUCCUUUCACCCAUUUAUCAUUCUGAUCAAACGUUUUUUAAAAAUUGUUCUGAUUCUCACUCUUGCAAAAAUAUACUUUAUUUUCAAGUGAUCUGACUGCAAAAGAAUACUUUGCUUUCCCCAGCUUAUCAAUGUAUUCCUUGUUCUGAUCUAAACUGCUUAAUAAUAAAGAAACAGUGCUCAUACCUCAGCUUAUCUGAAUUCAUGAUCAUUACACAUCUGUUCUGUUCUUUUUUCGCCACCACCAAAAUGCGUAAUUGUAUGUCACUUUAAAUCAUUUAGUUUUUGUAAAAAAAAAUCCUGUAGGACUAUCCCCCACCCCCACCUCUACUCCCCCAAAAGUAGCUCAGCAAUUCUAAGAUUUAAUGACAUUUACUAGAGCUAAUCAUAUAUAUGCAGUGGCUGCAUGCAACAUAUUUCAAAUUAACUCACUAGCUCCCUAUGAGCUAUAUCUGAAGGGGAGGAGAGUUCUGCAGUCAAGCCACACCAGGACUUUAAUACUUGGUGCCUUUGUCAUGUUCCAUUUGGUCUCUGUGGAUCUAAUUUAAUUGAGCCGAUGCCGAAUCUGAAUCACAAUUCAAAUCACCACUGUUUACUUUAGACAAUGUACAAUAAUGGUGUACAUGGAAUGCUGCUCUUGCAAUUUUACAAACUGAUAGCAUUUAAAACAGAAUGCUUCCUUGUACUGCAUAUUUAUCAGUCAGAUAUUUCAUUAAUGUCAAUCUGUAAAUUCGAGGUUUUCUGUGAGGAGGGGCAUGUGUCCCUGUACCAUACCCAUCAGCUAAGUUUGUGAAUGCCUGCAUAAAGUGCCAAUUGCAUUUGCAGACUAAUGUCAUUAUGUACCAGUGUUGGGAGGGCAGUGAGACCGAUAGCUGCUAUUUGUUAAUCAGUAUCAGACAAUAACUGCACUAGGAAUUGAAGAGAUUCUCACAGUUCCUACUUACAAGAGUGAAGGAAAGAAUGUAGUGAUUGACCAGUAUAAAAAUUGAAUCAGGCCAGCUUUUACCAAGCCCCUUAUUGUGAUUUUUUUUUUUUUUUCAGAAUAUUACCUACUGGUUUAAAUUUUAGUACUGGUUUAUUGUUAACCUGUACUGGGAGACACCACAAAACAAAAGAAUUAGUGCACGUGAAAACCUGACUGCCUGCCUGUAUUAAUGUCACCACAUUACAAUUGUAACAAUCAGGUCCACUCAUGUACCUUGCCUUAUUGGACAUGGCUCAAGAAUCAAUUCUUUUACAAAGAGAAGGGUAGAACACUGGAAAAAAAAAAUUUCAAUGUCUUAAUUGUUUUCUACAGUUUGUUCCAAUUGGAUUGUACUGUUUGUGAUAAUCCUUACGAAGUAAACUGUCAUUUACUCUUCACUCCAAGGAGGCAGAAGCAGUAAUUGGGUAACAUUUCUUUCCCUAAUGAAUUCCAAAUAACUAAUCUGAUUGAUAUGAAUAACAAAGUUGAAACUUCAACUUUUCAAACUGGUUUCACUAUCUAGAUUUUCACAGCUCAAUGUUUCAGUAUGUUCUUGGAAUUAUGCUUUAAAAAUAUUUUUGAAAUGAUAUUUUGUAUUAGCAUAUUGAGUCUAUUAGAUUUCUGAUGGUUUGAUCAUAUUUUGGGUGGAUUGACCCCUUUUUUAAAUGUAUUCUAGAGUAAGUAAAAUAAUCUUAAAAUAAGCAAGUAAUCAAUUAUAUCAAUAGUAUCAUAGAAUUAUAUAGCACACAAUUAGGCUAUUUGCCCCAUUGUCUGAAUAGGCUCUUUGGAAUAGUUGUCUAAUUUAUUCCACACCACAUCUUUUUCCACAAAACCUUGUAAACUAGUCCUCUUCAAGUGUGUCAAUUGCCCUUUGAAAGUUCCUAUGGAAUUUACCUUCUCAACGGUUUCAGAUAACAUAAUUUCUGAAUGAAGUAUUUAUUGUUCCCCUCUCAUUCUUAUAGUUAAUUUACGACAGCCUCAGGUUCUUGAUCCACAGAAAACAAACCUUUUCAUAAUUUUGAAUAUUCUAUAAAGUAGAAAUGUGAGAAGGUGUACAGCACAGAAAGAGGCCAUGUAGCCUCUUAUAGCCAGUUGUGUCCACGCUGGUUGUAAAAAGACACAUUUAGUCUUGUUCCAUCUUCUAACUUCUGGUCCACAUAACCUGUGGGUUAUGGUGCCUCAAGAGCAUAUCUAAAUGCUUCUUGAAUACAAUGAGGAUUUCUACCUCUACCCCUUCAGGCAGAGUUCCAAACUUUUACCGCCUUCUAAAUAGAAAAUAAUGACUCCUCAACCUCCUUUAAUUCUUCUACCAAUUGCGUAUAUCUCUGUCCUCCUUAUUAUUGACCUGUCUGUUAACAGAAGUAGAUCUUUCCAAUCCACUCUAUCCAGAUGCCUCAUGGUUUUAUAAAACACCGUUAAAUAUCUCCUUAACCUUUUCUGCAAGGAGGACAAUUCCAGCUUCAAUUUUCUUCCCCACAAUUGAUUUUCUUUAUCCUCGUAAACCUAAGCUGCAUCUUCUCCAAUGCCUUGACAUCCAUUCUAAACCUUUAACUAUUACCAAUAGUAAAAAGAAGUUGGAUGGGACAGUAAUAUAAUCAUUAAAGUACUCAUUUUCCAUCUGCAUUCUUAUUAGCUUAUAACUGGACCCACUUAUUUACUUCAUGGAGAAGAAGAUGAUGUUAAACUUGUGAGAAUGUAAAUUAUAGAAAUAGUGACAAAAUUAAAUGUGGAAAAGUAAAUCAUAUAGAACUGGUCACGAGAAUGUUUUCAUUGUAUGUUGCUUGUACUGCAUAGAGUAAAAUGUUUUGUUGAAUGAGAAUUUUAUGAAGAGGAAUUUAUUUGAUUUUUUUUUAAUCUAUUAGAAACACUAUUCAUGACUAUGGUCGGCAGUUUGCGUUCCAGCGCUACCUGAAGCUUAAACUUAAACUGAAUGCAUGUGAAGUUGAUGAAUUUAUGUUAAAAAAGAAUCAUAUCCUGGGCUGGAAGAGAAGGCAAAAGAAAAAGAAAUGUUACUAACUAUGUCUCCUCUCACAGCAAGCAUACCUCCUGUUAGCCUGGCACAGUAACAUUUGUGUCAGGCUCAAGGAGAACUCUUGGAGUUUUCCUUCUCAUAUGAAGGAUGAAAACUUGUAGUGGUUGGUGGUUGUGUAUGGUGAGCGUUCUGUUUUAAGGAAGCUUGGGAUUAAAAAACACUGCACCUCAGUAACCUUCAUAUGCUGCAUAAAAAAUACUGCUUUUGGUUACAUUAUAUCUGCUGCACAUGCUUGACAGUACACUUUAACAUGUUUAAAAAUUGUCUUAAUAGCAGUUAUCGAAUUGGAUUUUUAAUGGAAAAAAUGAGCCUUUAUUUUGUGGUUAUUUCUGAGAGUUAACUCUUAUUUAUUACUAAUGUUUAGCAUACUGCAGUGUAACAUAUGCAUUAGUGUUGCAAUUAUACAUUUAGAGGGAGGGCCUCUGCUAUCGCUUGUUGCCUUUUUCUUCAGAGGAGAUGAGUGUGAAUUUGAAAUUAUCAUAAAUGUUUUUGGAUGUUCUACCUAUUACUGUUGAGGUUGCUUAGAAUAGAUCACUGGCCUUCAUUAAAGAAUUACAAGAACUUUGCAAGUAAAUCUUGCAAAAGAUGAAAUCUUAAAUUAGAGGUGAAAAACAUUGGUUCUUUAGUCCAUUAAUACUAAUCUACAUGUGCUUUUUUUUUAAUGAAUUCCUUUAAGUGUUAUCGUGGCAUUAGCGUAUCUACGGGAUAGCAAAGAUUUUGCAGCCACCAAAAACUAGUUUUUAACUGAAAUCCUACAGCGAUAGUCUGUGCAGGCAGUUGUGGAAUUCAUUGCAGGGUGUAUCCUGUGUUGUAAGUCAGGAUAAUGAAGGCCACUGAUUUUUUUUUGUAUAUGUUAAAUUAAACCCAUUGGAUUGUUUCUUUUGUUAAACACUCUCACACUCAAGUGGCCAAAUAACAAUCCAUAAAUUUCCAAAGUGACCUCAGUUGAGCUUCAUGCCGUGUGACAUUUGUUCUAAUUUUUAUAAUUAAAUUGAAAUUGACCUGUGGCAUCUGUAAAAGUUCAGCUUUGGUCCAAGUUACUAAAACUGCAAAUUUUUUUUUGGUUUUACCUGAAAUUGGCAACAAUAUGAUAGGUCAGCAGUGAAGGCAAUGGUCUGUAAUGGGAAUUGAGAAAACCAUACUGAGCUAUGUGGGAGAGAAUCAAAUGACAGUAUUCAUUUCUGUUGCUUUAAAUGUCAAAGUGGUGAUUUAAUCCACUGGAUAACUUAUUUCACUGCCAUCAAAUAUCAUUUUCUUUACAACAUCAUAUUCAGUUCUCUGGCAAUGUAACAAUUCUUGUGUGAAAGUUUGGAAUUCCCACUUUUACGGCUCCUUUCACCAUACACCAUUCCCUAACCAAAAAAUUACCUGCAGAAUGCUUUCUAGAUCUCUGGUCAUUCUUGAUCCAGAUGUUUGGAGAGCAGCUGUUGUGGGUGACUUGCCAGCUGAAUUUUCCCUCCCUCUGGAAAAGUGCCUGACCUUGACUGAAUGCUUCCCUGACUGCAUGGCUGAGUUUGAGAAUUUACCAUGUGGGGAAUGGCAAGCCAUUUAUGUUUUACCAGUCCAUAGUACGGUAUGUUACAGGAUCAAAGUGCUUCUGUGCCAUGCCAUUGGCGUUGUAAUGAAUCUUAAUUGCAUCGGUGCAGGUUUCCAUAUAAUAAAAAUAAACUUUUUAAUCAAUGUAAUGCUGGUUCUAUGUCUACAUUUCUGCCUGUGUUAUGAACAAGCAGUGACAGCUGCAUCAAAUACAUAUGUCACUGGGACCCAUCACACACAAUUGUAAUAAUCUGGCUGUUAAUGUCACCUGAAACAGCUCUCUGGGAAAGAAAGAAUAUAAUGAAUAUCCCAUUGAUUACCCAAGUUAAACUGGGAUCCCUGCAUUUCCUGUUUAUAUACCUUUUACAUAUUUAAGUCAGAAAUAUCUAACUUGUUCAAUGCUGACUUCCCAGGAGAUCAUUUCUGUAUUAACCCUCUUGAGUAUCAAAUAAGAUUUGCUUUGUCUUUUGUUUGCAGUUACUCUCUUUAUUUAUAAUGUUCAGUGUUGUGUCUUGAGUACCCAUUAACCUUUGGCAUCACUGCGAUGUUAUUGAAUCAUCCUCUGUAAUUGCAUUGUUGAAACUGCGGCUGUGUUUUUGUGGCAGUUGAACUUCAAUAGGUUAUCAAACUCUAGCAAAUGAUUACUUGUUUUCACCCAGGCAGACCAUAAUAAGCAUUGUAUUUUAAAAAUUCAUCAACCUAAAUGUGCUUUACAGUUUUCUAAAUAUGCAUCAAUAUAUAAUGCCUUCAAACUUGUUUUCACUAUCUGACAAGUGACGCACAUUAAUUGAGAAACGCACAGAGCCUCAAGAACAGUUUUUAAAUUCAAAGUAUCCUGUGAAUAAAAUAGAUUGUAAUCUUGCAUUUGGUGCAUAAUUGUUACUGUAGUCCUCAAGAGGGUUAAUAUUUGUAUAACAUGUUUUUGUAAAUGUGUUCAUAAUUUCUAAGAAUUUCUUGCUUGGUCCAUUCUUGUAACAAAGAAAGGAACUUGACUUCUUUUGUUAAAGUGCAAAUAUAUUUGCCAAUUAACUUGGAUUUUAUAGUCCCUAGAUAUUUGAUCCAGAAUUUUGUGGAACUGGGCAAACAGUUUUCCUUUACAAAUCCUAGCAAUCUCUUCCAGGAUAUUUUCAAAAUAUGUUUUUCCUCCAUAUACAUUUUGGGAAUUAAAUUUUCUUUACAUAUGAAGAAUUCAAUUAAAAUUCCAAAACUUAAAAUGUUGUAUAGUAACAUGCAAAGCAAUUGAUCAUGUGAUUCUGUAGAGAAGUUUUGUUGUACAUGAUAACAUCACUUGUAUAAUUGCUGAUUGAAACUUCUCAAAGUAUUUGGGGACCACGUUGGAUUUGUCUCUUAAAAUAAUGUAUUUUCUCAGCUGAUAAAACCUGCGAUCCAACAAUAUUAUUAUACAGUUUCAAAGUGUUCACUAUGAAACCUCUGAACAUUACUCAGCCAGAUAUCACAGGUUUAUUUAAUUCUUUAUUAAAUUUGAAAACUAGAUUUUUGUUUUAAAGUCAUGGCAUUAUACAUUUCUAAAUUCAAAAUAUUCUUGGAAUAGGCUCCAAAAGAGAGAUUAUGAUUUUAUUUAAUUUUGAUUUUUGCUGCAAAUCAUCGUUUGUUACUAAAAAUGUUUACACUUUCAAUGUAUUAUCUCCCUCCAAUUCACAAAUCAGUAAAAUGGUGUACCCAGAGCAUUUCCCAUCAGUUACAUACUAACAGUACAUGAUCCUGGCAACCUCUUAUGGGUUGUCCUACACUGUCAGCCAGUGGUAUGUUUCCCAGUCUUAAUAUAUAGUAAAAUCAAAUCUACAGUGUCGCAAAAAAAUCUGUAACAAAAUCCUAUAGGUUAUUUGACUAAAUCUAUUGUAAUUUUUUAAUGUAACUCUCUUGUUCAGUGUUACUGUCCUCUUCAAUAAAAGUUUAUUUCAAUACAUUAAUGUUAA